AUGAAAUCUAAUAACCAUAAAAAUAUUUUAAUCAAGAGACUAAUUAAUAAAAUACUUAUAACUUAAUAAAUUUUACAGUUANAUAAGAUUACAAAUUAAAUUCAUCUACUAUAUAGAUAUUUUUUAAAAUGUAAAAUAAGAUAAUUCAAACCAAAAAUAAUAGUGUUAUUCUUAGAAAUUAAUGAUUUCAUUGAUUUUGAGACAUAUUACUUUUAAAAAUUAAUCACCUAAUUAGAGAAAAUUUCAUAACAUUCACUUAUGGUUAUUCCUUUAUUAUCUAUGUAUUCACCAUAAAAUUUUGAAAAAUAUUUAAAAUACGCUGUGUUAAUAACAAAUUCAUGUUUGGAUUAUUCAUAUAAAAGAAAGAAUAAAGCAUAUUAUUAAUGUGAUGAUAUUUCUGCUUAAUAAUAUAAAGAAUACAGUUAAUAUUUUGCAUAAACUUAAAAAGAAUAAUAAUUCUUUACUCGUUAAUACUUAGCAUUGAAAGUUAGAAAUAAUAAAUAUUAAUCAAACAAUAUGGAUAUUGAAAACCAAUAAGAGAAUUAUCGUUUACCAUAUGGAAAAUCUGUAUAAAAUAAAUAAAAAAAGAAUAUUAAAGGGUAAGAAUUUCAAUUUAAUUUAAUUGGUAUUCUAAAUUUGAAAAAUUAAAUAAUACUUACUAAAAUUUAUGAAAAAUAAUCAUAAGAGCCAAUUAAAAUUUUAGAAGUUCAAUACUUUAUAUCUUAUAAUUAAGAUAAGAAAUAAUUUAUCAUUUGCAUUGUGAAAGAUGAUUAAUUGUUUUAUAAAAUAUGUUCUUACAAUACAGAAAGUGAAACACAAAUAGAAGAUUCAAUUUAUUUAGAUGAAUAUACAUACUUUAAAGUAAUUAAAAAGAAAUGCAAGAGUUCUUAUUUAUUGUUAGAUUCAAAUUUUUAUUAAUUUAAUGUUAUAAUUUCUAUAGAUGAAUCAAAUAAACAGUUAAAAAAUCAUAAUUCUGGAUUUUAGUAUUUUGUAUAAGUGUAUAAAUAUAAUUUAAAUGAAAUCUAAUAACCAUAAAAAUAUUUUAAUCAAGAGACUAAUUAAUAAAAUACUUAUAACUUAAUAAAUUUUACAGUUACUGAAUUUGAAAAAAAUAAAUACAUAGUAUUAGGAGGUUCAUGUUAAUCAUUUUCAGAAUUUUAAGAUUUUAAUCUACGUACAUGUUCUAUAAUUAUUGAAAUUGAUGAAAAAAAUUAAAAUAUAUUAAAAAUAACAGAAAAUAUAGGAAAAUUGAAAAGUUAUGAAAAUUCUAUAGCAUAGAAAAUCGAUAAUUUUUCUUUGAUUUAUUUUGAAUCGUAAACCAAAUAUUUAACAGCACCUAUUUAAUCAUAAUUUUAAAAAUUGUCUAUUUUUGGAGCACAAUCUAAAUUGUAAACAGAAAAUUAUUAAAUUUUAAAUUAAGAGAUUUUUGAAUUCUAUUAAAAAAAAAAGAAAUUAUUUAAAUCUAACCAAUUAAAUAGCAAAAUUAUUUCUUAAAAUAGGAAAUAAUUAGUAUUUUUUGUGGUUGUGUAAGAAUUGGUUUAAGAUAAUUAAUAAAUAUUAGAUUAAGAGAAUAGUAUUAAUGUGAAAUUCCUCUCAAAAUAAGUUUAAUUAUAAACUCAUAAAUUUUAAUUUACUAUUGAAUUUGCUAAAUAGACAAUUGAUAUUUAAUAUGAAACUUAUCAAUUUAUUAUAGAACAGAUAGAAAAAAAAAAUAGUCUUAGGGAAUCCUGUCUUUAUGUUAAUGUAAUUUAUUUUAUUUAAUUUUCUAGUGGUUAGAGGACAGAAAUAACCAAUAUAUAUUUCCUUACAAUGGAGUUUAAAACUUAUAUUUAUUGUAUUUUCAUGAUAAACCUACACCAAAAACUAGAAAAUUUUUAUUUGAAGACCCAAAAGAUAAAGAAGAUUAUAUAGAUUUUGAUGAAGUCAUUUUAAAUGAUUUAGAUAAUGAACAACUUUGGAUAGUUAGAAAAAUUAAUCAUUAAGAUCAUAUAUCUUUAGCUUUAUUUGAAAGGUAUAUAUAUAAUAUUAAAAUUAGUGAUUGGAUAAAUUUAUAGGAAGUAAAAGACUCAUAAGAAGACUCAAUUACGAAAGUUCCCAUUUCUUUUAUAUUUACAAUUGCUUAAAUUAAAGAAGAUUUUUGUUUAAUUGGCCUUGAAGUAAAAUGGUAAUUAGAAUAAGGAAAAAAAUGUCCAUAUUUAAUCAUAUGUACAAGCAAUUAAAUUUAUGAGAUUUCAAUAUAAAUGAUUAGAAAAGUAAAAUGGGAUAACAUUUUAAGAUAUAAACCAAAUACUUGGGAAAAAGAACCACUAGAAUUUCAAUAAUCACCAAUUUAUAAAUAAAAAUAAGUUUAAUUUAAUAUUAAUAUGUAAAUUCCUACAAUAGUGGCAAGUUUGGAAAAUGGAGAUUUAUUAUUGUUUUAUAGUUAUUGUAAUGUUAAUAAAGAAUUUGAAAACUAGUAUUAACUUGAAAUCUAGUAUUUAAUCUUAAAAAAUUUAAAUCAACAAGAUAAUGAACAUAUUGAAUAUGAUGAUGGUACAAAAGAAUUUAAGUUUAAGACUAUUAAAUACAAUUCGAAAAAAGAAGUUAAUAUUGCAAAAAUAAAUGCAGUUAUUAUAUAAAACAAUGAAUUUGAAUUUUCAGUAAUUGUAGAAGAAUCUGAUUCAAAUUUAUACAAAGUAUUUUCAGGCGAUGAUUCAAAGGAUAAAAAAUAAUUAAUAACUAUCAUGAAAGAAUGUAAAAUCUUAAAUGAUGCUGCCCCUUUGAAGAAUUAAUGUAUUAUAGUUAGCUAAGAUACCCAAAAUGUUUAUCACCUUUAAUGA